AUGGUGGAGGAAGAGGUGAAAGAACCUGAGGAAGAGGGUGAAAAAAUGGUGGAGGAAGAGGUGGAAGAACCUGAGGAAGAGGGUGAAAAAAUGGUGGAAGAAGAAGUGUUAGAGCCUGAGGAAGAGACUGGAAAAAUGAUGGAGGAAGAGGUGGAAGAAUCUGAGGAAGAGGCUGUAAAAAUGGUGGAGGAAGAGGUGGUAGAGCCUGAGGAAGAGGCUGGAAGAAUGGUGGAGGAAGAGGUGGUAGAGCCUGAGGAAGAGGCUGGAAAAAUGGUGGAGGAAGAGGUGGUAGAGACUGAAAAAUAUACUGAGGAAGAAAAGCAAGAGUGGUACAUGGUUGUCUACGAAGGCAGUACUUGUGAAACGAAGGAAGCUGACAAGGGAGCAGCCAAGCCUUCUGGUUCUGGGGUCAAGCAUAGGCCAAAACAAAUGGCAUUGAGGAAGCACGCUACUAAGCAGGCUCCUAAGCCGAGGGGUAGACCGAGAAAGGAUACUGAACCAAAGAAGUUCACAACGCCAGAACAGACAAAAAGGAUACGUUCACGUUCACAGUGGGUUUCCACUCCUUUCACUGAAGCUAACACUGAUGAGAUUGAAGGGCGCAAGAAGAAGCCUAGAACAAAGGCGUAG